AUGUUUGGUUAUGUUUAUGAUGAUAUCAUGCAAUUGCAUGCAAAUCCAUACGAUCCAAAUGGAAGAACACAGGAACGACCGGAACGAACUUUUUUAAUUUAUAACAGAUUGAAAAAUGAUGGUUUACUUGAAAAUGCAAUAAAUAUUAAAAUUCGAGAAGCAGAAGAUUGGGAAAUUUGUUUAAAUCAUCCACAACAACUAAUCAAAGAAUUGGAAGAAAUGAAAACAAUUGAGAAAUUAGAGGAAUACUGUCAAGGACAUGAAUUACUUUGGUUAUGUUCUGAUAGUGUUCGAAUUGCUCGACUUGUUGUUGGUGGUGUAAUUGAUUUUAUACUUAUAGUAGAUAUAGAUUAUCAUUGUGGUAACGGAUUAUAUCAUUCAUUCAAAGGUGAUAAUCGAUUUUUGUACAUUAAUUUUCAUGCUUAUCAUUAUGGAGCAUUUUGGCCAUAUGAAGAGGAAUAUGAUUAUGAUAAUAAAUAUGAAAAUAUCAUAUCAAUUCCACUAAACAGUGCAAUGAAUACGGAAGGUGAUUAUAUUGGCGCACUACGCCAUCUUGUAAUACCAAUUGCGCAAGAGUAUCAACCAGAAUUGGUACUUGUUGCGCUUGGAUUUGAUAGCGCUUAUUAUGAUGAUUUACUAGAACAUGGACAAGGCAUAAAAGCUCAUGGAUUUGGCCAUAUAAUGAAAAUUUUGGAUGAUUUAUGGCCUAAUAAAAUUUUGGCUAUUUUGGAAGGUGGUUAUUUUUCUGGAAGUUAUACUGAAUGUGCUGCUAUGAGCGUACGAGGUUUACGUAGAAUGAAAUUACCAAAAUUAGAACAUCCAAAACAAAUUAAUGCAUGCAUGACGGAAACAUUAUGGAAUAGUUUAUGUUAUCAUGCAAAACGUUGGAAAAAUAUUGCUAAACAUUUGGAGAAAUUACAAAAUAUGCAGGUCAAACAUGGUCUCCAAAAAUAUGUACCGCCAGCUACCAAAAUUUUCCUUGGUGAUAAUUUUCGUAAAUUGUGGAAUGAUGUACAAGAAUUGAAGGUAGCACGAACACGUGAUUGGAUACCUGGAAUGUCUGACGAUGAUAUUUGCAUUGCUAGUGAAAAAGUUAAUGAAUAUAUACAGCAAUAUGAAUACGAUAGACCAACCGAUGAAUUAACAGAUGAUGAAUUUCUUGAGCAAUUACUAUGGCAUUCAAAAAGACGUGGUGAAGCAUUCCUGAAGUCAAUCCCGACAACGCUUUUUUUUUAUAAUAGUAUGCGAGAAUGUAUGAAAAAUGAAAAAGGCAUUUAUUUAAUUAUUGAUAUGUAUGCAUAUCGUAAAGCUGCUCAUAAAUAUCGUAUUAUGUAG